AAAAAGGUCGUGUUUUGGACAGUGCAACUGAAAGCCCUGCUACUUGAUUGAAAGUGAGAAACGGUGAUUACAAUUCUCCUAUUUAAGGGUUUUGAUUGCCCUCACCCUGGUGUUUCCUCUGUUCCAGAAGGAUUUAAGAGUUGUUCGGGAAGCAUACUUUGUAUACGGAGGAGAUGGAACGGGCGAAUGAAGCAUGUGAUAAGUGCAAGAAGGACUGCCUGUUGAUUCAUAGAAAGAGGGUUCCUUCUUUCUGCAAAACAAUGACUGACAAAAGUUGCUUACAAGUUCUGAUUUUACCGCCAAAGUUUGCUCAAUCAGUUUCACACCUGGCUGAUCAGGUAACGCAUGUAGAGGAUUCAAGUGGAUUGCGAUGGAGGGUAACAGUGUGUUACUAUCAGGGUUUGUUAGCUAUCCAACAGGGGUGGCCAAAAUUUGCAUCACAGCAUCGUCUGGUUGUCGGAGACCUCUUGGUUUUCCAGUAUGCUCCAGGUCAGCACUUCACUGUUCAAAUAUUUGAUACGAAUGGUUGUGAAAAGAUCAUUUUCUGCUGUGACACUGGCAAGGGUAAAAAAAGAGCAACAACCUACGUGGAAGAAACCACCCAGGUUAGAGAUGCUCAAUAUGAUCACGAAGACGGCAGGUUGUGCUUGCAUCAGUCACGUUUUGAAAUGCCAGCAAGCAAACCUCUUGCAGAAGUACUGUUGCCACUGUGUGAGGCUGGAAUCAAGGCAACUGGUAUGGUUAGUAGACCAGCAGAGGAUAUUCCACUGCUGGGUCCAAAAGAUAAAAAAUCCAAAAAAGCAUCUCAAUUUGAUUCAGGAGAGGAGGAAGCAAAUGGUAAUGAAAAAGUCAUCAAAAGUAAGCCUGCUGGUUUAGGAGACACACCAUCCUUUCCUGCAAUCAACUAUUCAUGUUUGGUGUCCGUCAAUGGUCGAGAUUUUCUGGAAUUACCAGAAUCCUGGCGAGAUUUGUUGAAAAGGCCAAUGCGAGAAAGGUGGAUUAUUUUUCUCCGAGGACCAGAUAAAAGAAUCUGGCCUACCUAUUAUACUAGUCGCUUGCCUCCCUAUUAUUCUAGCAGACCAAGUGUUGAUGUUUUGACUCGUGGAUGGAAGGACGUUGCUGCAGCUUAUGGCAUGAACGCCAAAGAUGAUUGUCUUUUUCAACUUGCAGAUCAGCAGAACCGUAUAUUUGAUAUACGCAAAAUCUGAAAGUGCUGAAGUAAGAUUCCAAAUGAACUACUUGGAGUCAAUUACCUUAACGUCGUUAUAAGGGAAAUGAAAAGGAACCUAUGUCAGUUUCUCAUUAAUAGUUUUGAACAACAUUUAAGCGUUGCUUUGUUGGGUCAUAUAUUUUGUACUGUCAUUUUGAAGUUGUACUCAGUAUUUUGAGACUAAUUCCUUU